AUGCAUAUCGAUGUAUAUUUCUUCGCUGUCAGACAAGAGUUCAGGGUACCUCUGACACCCAGGACACCAUGGUUUCAGAUCAUGACGUCAUUACCUUUCAUUGCCUGCCUCGUGAUUAAAUUCGCAGGUGCAUGGGUGUUCAAUGUCCAGACACUUAACCAGCCGAUGUGGUUACGAGAUGUCCUUAUGUUUGACGUCACAAAUAAUGGCAUUUUCUCCGCCUUGCCGUACAUUGGCCAGUUUGUGGGAUCUCUGUUGUCCGGCGUAAUCCUGGACGCUGCCAGUAAAACAGUCUGCUCAGCUACAAGAGUCAGAAAAAUCACCUUUUGUGUCUGUUUGAUCUUUCCCGGAGCCGCCAUUUUCUCUCUAGCAUUUCUCACGCACGAAGAGCGGGUGUUGGCCAUUUGUCUCACGAUCUUCACCACGACCAUCUACUCGGCAGUUCCUGUCUCUCUCCGGCUGGUUGUCAUAGAGAUAGCUCCAAGGUAUACGGGCAUCUUGAUGGGCAUUGUAACCACACUGGGCAGUGUACCGGGCAUGGUGGCUCCUUUGAUUACAUCUGUACUUACAUACAAGGGGUCGGUUGAUGAAUGGGACGAGGUGUUCUUCAUGUGUUCCGGGAUGUACGUUGGGGCAGCACUCUUAUUCUUGUUUUUGGGCAGUUCCAAAGAGCAGUCAUGGGCCGGAAACUCUCAGAACACCAAGGUGACCACUGAUGCUAAGAGUGACCUUAAAGAAGGCGAAGUCAAAAACUCGAAAUCUGACAAAUUCUGCACUGAAGAUGAAGGCGGGAAAGGCGGUGUGAGAACAGAGAGUCUCAAUUCUCAAAACAGUGACUUAACCUCGGAUACCGAGUCCGCUCUAGCUUUGAAAGUAAUAGACGAUCCAUGCUCUACAAUCCACGGGCUUGAAAACCCGGGAUUCACCAGCACGGAGGACGAUGUGAGUUCUGCCAGUGAGCAGACGCCGAGAGACACUCUCUCUAACACAGCCGUAGCCACUACAAAUCUCUGA